UGGGUUUUAAUAGGGCUCCAAGCGUCCAACCCAUUGAAUUGCUCUCUCUCAGAACUCCCUCCGUUGAAGCGCACUCAACGUUCUCCAUUGAGGCGCAGUCGACGUUCUCCAUUGUAUCUAGUUCUUGUAUCCCCCAUUGAAGCAGCUUCUGAGAUUCUUGCAGAAUUAGGUGAAGUAUCAUUCACAGUGUCAAGAUGACUUGUGAAAAAGAAGAUGCCUCGGGACAUGGAGAGGAGUUGAUGGAAGUUGAUAUUGCUGAUGCUAGCAAUGGGUGUAUUACUGAGAUAAGGGAAAAUGGUUUGCUUCUUUGGCCGGUAUUGCCACAAGAAGGGGGAGAGGGUCUUCCAUAUGCCCCUGUAAAUUGGCCAAGCCCUGGUGAUAUAUGGGGUUGGAGGGUUGGCAGAAGAGUAGCUGCUUCUGGAUAUUAUCUUGACAGAUACUUGUAUCUUCCUUUGCGUUUCCAGAAAUCUAGGCGCAAGAGGGAUGGUUUCGCAAGCAAGCUUUCAAUAGAACAAUAUGUUCGAGCAAGGUUCCCCGGUACUAAUGUCAAUGCUUUCUUUUCGUCUUUUAGUUGGAAGAUUCCUUCAAAGCAGGCAUACUUGUUGAAAGAUGAACAUGGUUCUUUCCGCAUAUCAUCUGAAGAGAUGGCAGCGCAGUCUCCCUCUAAUUUGCCUCCUGGUGCUGUGGGUUGUAAGGCUGGUAACAGUUUUUGUUCUAGUCUUCUGGAAGAUCAGAUGUCUCCUGCAGCUACCCAAUCUUGUGAAGUUUGCUGCAGCGAACCUAGUUUUUGUCGCGAGUGUUGUUGUAUACUAUGUUGCAAAACCAUAGAUAUAGCCUCUGGUGGCUACAGUUUUAUCAGAUGUGACGCAACAGUAAGUGAUGGUUUAAUAUGUGGUCAUGCGGCUCAUAUUAACUGUGCUCUCAGAUCGUAUAUGGCUGGGACAGUUGGAGGAAGUGUCGGGCUAGACACUGAAUACUAUUGUCGACGUUGUGAUACACGGACUGAUUUGACUAAGCAUAUCACAAGGCUUUUGAAGACGUGUGAAUCUAUUGAAUCUCAGGAUGAGAUUGACAAGAUGUUAAGUGUUGGUGCCUGUGUUUUGCGAGGAUCACAGAAAAAAGGUUCACAAAAACUGCUGAAUCGUAUCGAAUCCAUUUUGCAAAAGCUAAAAGUUGGGAAUGAUAUGGAAGAUGUCUGGAAAGUGGAAGUGGACAUUUUACCUAUUCCCACAGGUGAAUCUAUAUCUCAAAUUCAUUAUCAUUUCAGCUCCUAUGACGAGAAUGGAGCAGGACAACUGGAUGGUCUGGAUCAUUCUAACUCUGCAUGCACAGACCUAGGUGAAGAUGAUCUUUUGUAUCAAAAUGGGUAUCUGAAAUUGGAGGAGGAAAUUACUCAAGUUCUUCAGGAACUUAAAAGGUCGCAAGAGUAUGAAUUUAGUAUUGCUCAUGAUAGGCUUCAUGCUCAAAAAGAUCACCUUUUUAGCCUCUAUCAACAAGUUUACAAGGAUAAGUUAGAACUAUUACGGCCUUCACCAUCAAAGGAUCGUGAUGCCUUGCUCAGAUCUAUUGCAGCCAGAGAAGAGCAUAUUAAACAUGAGCUCGGCAAACUCAGAGAUAUGGAAAAGGUUGCCAAUGGAUUUGGAAAGACUCCCAAAGAAAUUCUAAAGGAACACUUUGAUCUGGAUCGCAAAGACUGACAUCUGAAUUCACACCAACUUCAACUCUGUCAUCUCUGCUUUUCUGUUCUUCAACCCCAGGAAGAAGGUGAGAUUCCACCAAUGAGCUCCUAAUCGAAGGACUGUUCAUAUUGCUGUUGAAAUUUUUUUGGAUGAUUAACAAACUUCACAUCUGCCUUUGAAUCUACCCUCUCUUCUUUUAUACCCUUCUUUCGUGUUUGUGUACUCGCAUGUACUUAUGUGCUUGUUUCUUGAUUAUUUUUCAUCAUUACUACUCCCUCCCUAUUGAAAAGAUUAGCCACUUAUGUAGUCAAAUGACUUGCAUUAAUGGCUCAUAAUGAGUAACAUGUCACAGUAGGUAAUCUUUGGGAUGGUCUGAGUUUUUUUUUUUUUUUUUUUUCUUUUUUUUAAUGGAAGGUAUAAUUAUUUCUUGUCAA